AUGUCGAUUAAGUGUGAGCAAGCACAAUAUGGAAUCUCACCGCAGUGGCGCGACAAAGACAUGGGUAGCGAUCUUGACUUUUAUGCCGUGAAUCUCAAAGAAAGGCUAGACAAGCUCGUGGCCUAUAAGUGGAAGGACUCACUCAGACAGGCGGCCGAUGAGUUUGAGCGUGAAUUGGGGGCUUCUGGUUGA